AGAGCGAGAGUGAGAUAGAGAGAGAGAGAGAGCAGAGAGGCAGGAGGCGCUCGUCUCGCCCCCUUCCCCGGGCGGACGCUCCUGCCUACAAAAGGCGGCAGGAGCCCGCGGCGCAUCCAUCCAUUAUUCGCUUCAGGGGAGUUUGCGAGCCCCGACGGAGAGAAGCGUGACCUUCUUCUUGGCUGGGUUGUUGGUUGGUUCCGGGCUGCUCUGCCGGCCCCGCCUCCGUCGUCUAGCGGAGCCUCUUCUUCUUCCUCCUCCUGCCUCCGGGGACCGACCGGCGGCGGCGCGGAGGGACCGACGGCGGAGGUCGCUUUUCCCGUGCCCAUCCUCGGAUCACUGGUGAUAAAGCCAAGAUUCUGCCAGUACAAAUGACGAUCUGUAGCUGUGAAGAGACUAUCAAUGAGUUUGAGAUGUUAACGCGUGAUGCUGGACGCGUGCAGCAAGAUACACUGAAAAAGAUCCUUGAGGUGAAUGCCGAUGCUGAUUACCUGAGGCACUUUGGCCUUGACGGGAGGACUGAUGCCGAGAGCUACAAAUCUUGCAUCCCACUUUGUGUGCACAGCGAAGUUGAACCUUUUAUCCAGAGGGUUGCUGAUGGUGAUAGCCCAAGAGCACUCACUGGGAAGCCCAUCACCUCCCUCUCACUCAGUUCUGGUACAACGCAGGGAAAGCCUAAGUUCCUGCCAUUUAAUGAUGAAUUGCUAGAGACCACACUUCAAAUAUUCCGUACUUCUUACGCAUUUAGGAACCGUGAAUACCCUAUUAGCAAUGGAAAGGCCUUGCAGUUUGUUUAUGGUAGCAAGCAAGUUUUAACAAAGGGUGGCAUCCUUGCUACCACUGCAACAACAAACUUGUACCGUAGUCAGCGCUACAAGGAAGGAAUGAAGGACAUCCGUUCCCAGUGCUGCAGCCCUGAUGAAGUUAUCUUUGGCCCUGACUUCCAUCAGUCCUUAUAUUGUCACUUGCUCUGUGGGUUAAUAUACUCCGAUGAGGUCUAUUCUGUGUCCUCAACAUUUGCUCACAGUUUAGUGCAUGCAUUCCAAACAAUGGAGGAGGUUUGGGAGGACCUAUGUGCUGACAUAAGAGAUGGUGUUCUCUCGAAGAAAGUCACAGCACCAUCAAUUCGUGAAGCUAUGUCAAAAAUCCUGAAGCCCAACCCUGAGCUUGCUGACUCGAUCCACAAGAAGUGUGUGGGUUUGAGCAAUUGGUAUGGUAUGAUCCCAGCACUGUGGCCAAACGCAAAGUACGUGUAUGGCAUCAUGACAGGAUCCAUGGAGCCUUAUCUGAAGAAAUUAAGGCAUUAUGCUGGGCCCUUGCCGCUGAUAAGUGCUGACUACGGUGCAUCUGAAGGAUGGGUUGGCUCUAAUAUAGACCCCACAUUGCCACCUGAGCAGGUGACAUAUGCUGUUCUCCCACAGACUGGAUAUUUUGAGUUCAUUCCUUUGGAGAAACCUACAGGGGAGGAGAUGGAGAACAGUGCAGCUAUUCAUUACAUAGAGUCAGAACCUGUUGGCUUGACAGACGUAGAGGUUGGCAAAAUCUAUGAAGUCGUGAUAACUAACUUUGCAGGCCUAUACCGUUACAGGCUAGGGGACAUCGUGAAGAUAGCUGGCUUCCACAACGCAACACCUGAGCUCCAGUUCAUCUGCCGCAGAAGCCUAGUGCUGAGCAUCAACAUCGACAAGAACACUGAGAAGGACCUCCAGCUGGCUGUUGAGGAGGCGGCAAAACUCCUGGAAGGGGAGAAGCUCGAAAUCGUGGAUUUCACAAGCAUCGUGGAACGGUCGAGCGAUCCUGGUCGCUACGUGAUCUUCUGGGAGCUGAGCUCUGACGCCAGCGAUGAGGUCCUCAGCAGCUGUGCAAACGCCCUGGAUCUAGCCUUCAUUGACGCUGGCUACAUGGGUUCAAGGAAGAUCAAAACCAUCGGCCCCCUCGAGCUCCGGAUACUCAAGAAGGGGACCUUCAAGGAGAUCCUGGUCCACUUCCUGAGCCUCGGCGGCGCGGUGAGCCAGUUCAAGACGCCUCGGUUCGUGAACCCAUCCAACAGCAGGGUCCUGCAUAUACUGAAUAGGAAUGUCGUGCAGAGUUACUUCAGCACUGCCUAUGGGCUAUGACAGAAGCAAAAUAAUGAAAGAAAAGAAAAACUGCUGCUAGUAGGCGCAUGUAAUUACCUUGGUUUCUUUCCUUUUCCUGUCCCAUUUAGUCUCCUGAAGAUGGAAAAUGUUCGUUCUAGUCUGUUGGAAUAAAACUCUGUUUCUCAUGGCUGUAGCAAAAGGUAAUUAAUUGAAGGAUGGAAAUAGCAGAAAUCUACUACCGUUUA